AUAACUAUAAUACUAUGAAUGUAUCUGAAGCCAAUUUUUCUUUGUCAUAACUGCAGAUGCCACAUGCUGAUCACUGUAAGAGAUUUCAUCUUUUCCUUGGAAAUCAUGCAAAACCAAAGCUUUGUAACUGAGUUCGUCCUCCUGGGGCUUUCACAGAAUCCAAACAUUCAGAAAAUAGUCUUUGUUGUAUUUUUGUUUGUGUACAUUGCCACCAUCGGAGGCAACACACUAAUUGUAGUAACCAUCCUCAGCAGCCCUACAUUGCUAGGGUCCCCCAUGUACUUCUUCUUGACAUUCCUGUCCUUCCUAGAUGAAUGCUUCUCCUCUGUCUUGACCCCAAAGAUGAUCGUGGACUCCCUCUAUGAGAGGAAAACCAUCUCCUUUGAAGGCUGCAUGGUGCAGCUUUUUGCUGAUCACUUCUUCAGUGGGGCAGAGGUGAUUGUCCUCACAGCCAUGGCCUAUGAUCGGUAUGUGGCCAUUUGCAAGCCUUUGCAUUACUCUUCCAUCAUGAACCGCAGGUUCUGUGGCAUUCUGAUCGGGGCAGCCUGGACAGGGGGCUUCUUGCAUUCCAUAAUACAAAUACUCCUUAUUUUCCAGUUGCCCUUUUGUGGUCCCAAUGUCAUUGAUCACUUCUUCUGUGAUUUGCAUCCAUUACUGGAACUUGCCUGCACGGACACUCACAUCUUUGGCUUUUUUGUGGUGGCCAACAGUGGGUUUUUUUGCAUCAUAAUCUUCUCUUUCUUGCUUAUCUCCUAUGGUGUCAUUUUGUUCUCUCUGAGAACUCAUAGUUCUGAAGGGCGAAGAAAAGCUCUGUCUACCUGUGGAUCUCACAUUGCUGUUGUGCUUUUGUUCUUUGUCCCUUGCAUUUACACAUACUCACGACCUCCAUCUACUUUCUUCUCUGACAAAGUCCUGGCAGCAGUUUAUGCCAUCCUGACUCCCUUACUGAAUCCUCUAAUUUAUACUUUCAGGAAUAAGGAGGUAAAGAUUGCCAUGAGGAAAUUAUGGAAGAGAUUGGUUGUGGUUUCUGAUGGAAAAUAAAAUAUUCAUUUUUUUUUUAUAAAAUCAAAGUUAAGGGUAAAAAUGUCAAAAUUUUUUCUUGGAUAG